CCGGGACGGCUCCAUGCGAAUGCGGACUACAUGUCGCGAAUCCCGGAACAUUCCACGGACCAGGAGGCUCCCGACCCCCAGGGGGGUGUGUGUCCGGGGUGGGCCCUCCCCCCCCGGACUGGACCCGACCCCCCACCCCCUCGGGAGCCCACCACCAGCCCCCCGAGCCCCGCCCAGCCCCCCAACCUACCUGGGAGCCCACGGCACAGGGUUCGGAGGGGACGUCGACCCUCGGCUUCCCGGCCGCGCUCCCGCUUGCGCCCCCGCCGCCGCGGGAGCCGCGAGACCUGCCGCCACCGACGCAGCCUUCACAGGGGCAGCGGGGCCCGCCGCCGCCGCUGCGAGAACCGCCGGGUCUGCCGCCGCCGCCGCCGCCGCCGGGAGAGUUGAGCCCGGCGCCGCCGUUGCCGCGGCGGGGCCGGCCGCGGCCGCGGCCGCCUCUCGCGACCGCGGAGCGGCCGGAGCCGGGCGGGCUGCCCGGCGGGAUGACGGCCGCGCGGCAGAGAAGCGGGAGCGGCGGACGGAGGAGAGUAGCUCCGACGCCGCCGCAGCCACCCGGGGAGGUGGCUCCGGGGCGAGCGCGGCCCAGCGCGGGGAGGGGGAAAGCCCAGAUGGGGCGGGCGGAAGGAGGGACGCCCAGCGAGACAUCCCCGCUCUGGGUUGGCUGGAUGGCUCCUGGGAGGGCUCCCCGGUCUGAAGCGGCACCGGGGAUUGGUGAAGGGUGGUGGAGGGAAGAAACAGGCACUAGAGAGAGGGCAGGGGGAGGAAGGGUGACGGAAGGGCAGGGGAACCAACCAGGCGGGAGUAGCCAGGUGUUAGCGACUAGGGCAGAUGAGCCAGGGGAGAGGGUUGGUGGAAAGCCAGGGGGCAGAGCCAGGAGGGACUAUAAGAAGGGAGCUCCCAGUGACGCCGAGGAGGAGACGGCUAGUUGGAAGGUUGGACACAGAGAGAGAGCGAGUAUAUUCCAGAACGCCAGAUAGGAGGCAGAGCUUGGUGCUUGAACCACUGCCCCUAUCCAGUCUGAGGCCGAGGGAGCACCUUCAACCUCCCCCUGGUGGUCACCCCCGGGACGGCAGGACGCGGGGAAGGCGCGGCCGGCGGGGCGGGGCCUCACAGGUAGUCUUAGUUCAACCAACAGUCCUGGCAUUCAUUGGAAAUACAGAAUUGAAGCACAUGGAAGAUUCCAAACUGCAGUGCUUGAUUUCUGGUUUUCGUCCAAAGCCAUUAGAUGUAGCUUUUUCCAUAACCCAAUCUAACAAUGAAAAACGGAAAAUUUUCUCCUGGAAUACUGAAGCAAGUGAUGCCGAGGAUAGAGAUGAAGACUAUCCUCUCCUUAAGAAGUGUGAGGCCAUUAAAAUAUAUGCAACUUUGAAAAAAGAAAAACGUGGGAUUUUUCAGGUAUCCUGUGAAAUACAUAUAGUUCCACAUGUAAAGCAGCUGGAUAAAUUUGAACUUUUGCUUGAAGUCAGACAUGGAGCCCUUCCACAUAGUUUGCUUGUUGAAACAGCAUCCUUUAAUGUCAUAGCACCACCAUUGUUGGAUCCAAUCUGGUGCUCCACAGAUAUGCCAAGAUUAGAAGAGAUGAUGACUCUUUAUUGUAAAAUUCAUUCUUAUUUCCCCCAAACAAUUGAUGUGCAUUGGUUAAUAGAUGAUGAGCAACUUCCAGAAGAACCUUUUUUAAGUGAACCUAUGAAAGCAACAGAUGGGCUUUUUUUCUGCACUAGCAGUAUAAAGUAUCUCCCGAAAGCAGCAGAUUCUGGAAAGAGAUUCUUAUGCAAAACUAACCUCAGAGGCUCACAUCAGUGCAAGGAGUCUGCUUGGAUGUUAAAAACUGUGGUGUGUACUCCAAAAGUCUCCCAAAUUGAUUGUGAGCCUGGUGUGCCAGAGUGUGGGAAAGUCAUCACUUUGUCUUGUUCAUUGAAAGAUUUCAACCCACCUAGGUGUGACAUUUGUUGGAGAAGAGGUUUUGAAAAACUCACUCACACUCAAAUUAAUACAGAAGAGCCAUAUUUGGACACAACAUCAAAUCUGUAUUGCAUGAAAAGCCAAGCAUCAUUUACACCUAAGCCAGAAGACCAUGGAGUGGAGUUUGUGGUUGAAGUUAACCACUGCAACAAAACUACAAGAAAUGCAUACAAACUUAUGUUAAAAGGUUUCCCCAAGAUUUCAGAUAUUAUUGUUCAUCCAAGUGAUGCUGAAUAUGGGAAGCCUUUGUCUCUAACCUGUAGAGUCAUGGAUUUCUAUCCUAAAGACAUUAAUAUACAGUGGUUUCGUGGUGAUGAUUUAAUAAACAAAGAUGUGCUCACAGAGGGGCCAACUGAGGAUCAAAACAACUCUUUUAGCCUCUUGUCACGGUUGCAGUUGGAACCAACAGCUUUAGAUUAUGAUAAAACAAUUUGUUUCAGAGUAACACACAAGAAGCUGACAAAACCCACUACAAAAAGUGUGUAUCUAAAGCUCCCAGCCAAACAUCCUGUUGUGUCUGAAAUAAAAGCAACAUCAGAGCAAGCUGGGAAAGUUUCUCUUGAAACUUCCAUAACAAAUUUUGCACCGUGUUAUAUACGAGUGGUGUGGUACAAAGACUGGAAAAAAAUAUCUGAAGUCAAUGAUCCCAGUGACAUUCAUAUUGAAGAAAAUAAGCUAUGUUCUUUUACCAGCAAAAUACAGAUCAGUAUAAAAGAAACAGACAUUGGGAAGACAAUUAGAUGUGAGGUUCAUCACCGCCAAACAAAUUCAUUUAAAGAACAAACCUUUGUGCUGAAAAGCAAAGAUUUCUGUGGUAGUCUUGAACAAAUACCAUUACCUCUGGUCCACAAUCAUAUAGGCACUUCAAGAAGCUACAGUGUCACCAAUGAAGAGGUUCUUAAUCCACUGAAGAUAGACUGUGUCACCAGCAGCCCAAAACCAGGUGAGAAUGUGACACUUCGCUGUUUUGUACAUGGAAAAAGAGCAAAAGAAGCCUGUGUUUCCUGGUACAAGGGAAUAUUUCCAGUUGAUGAAGGAAUACAAAACACCACCUGCAAUGAUGGAUCUGGUUUUAUAUCGUAUGUGACUUUUAAAACUGAAAAAGAAGAGCGAGAAUGUGAAAUCAAAUGUGAAGUUUCUGUGGAUGUUGAACACUGGGAAGAAACAUAUAUUUUGGACCUUAGAGAAAGUAACAUCGUAAGACAAUAAGGACUAUCUACAAGUAAAAUCCAGUGCUUUCAUAAAAUUCAUGUCAGUUUGACAAAGACAUGUGCCCAGUUGACUACUCUUUGGGGGACAACCCAUGGGCUGCUUGCACAUGAAGACAAUUCUCUGUACAGUUGUACUUGCUGCUGUGAAUGUGCACAGGCAUUCACAAGGAAUGGGGGGGUCUCCUUGGGAAGCCAGGAGGACGGUGGAAGCAUCCACAUGAAAGUUUUGCCCUAGCUUACCUUGCCUCUGCCCUCCAUAGCUGCCAUUUCCCCUUGCUACGAGAGAGCUUUUUUCAGGCUUUUUCUUUGUAAAUGAUGGGAAUUGCUAGAUCGCUAUAGCAUUAUAACAUUAUAAUGGUCUAUUGUAACAAUAUACUAGUUCUCCUUUUUUAAAAUUAAGUCUCUAGUCAUUUUUUGUUGUGAAGUUAUAAGAAGAAAUGUGUAGCCAGUGUAUUUCCUCUUCUGACUUCUCAAUGAAAAGAGCUAGAGCUUUACUUUAAAAAUGAAUUUUGGGAACUAAUAAAUUGUAGUAAUAGAUCAAUAUAAUAAUGUAUCAUUCUAACUAUUACUGCUAUUAAUGAUUUUUUAAAAGCAAAAAAAAUCCCUGAUCCAAUAGCUGAACAAAUAGAUCAAAGGCUGACAUAAUAUGGUCAAAAGUCCUGCCCUCUUGGGGGACUACCCAUGGGCUGCUUCCACGUGGAGACAAUUCUCUGUGCAACUCUACUUGCUUUUGUAAAAGCACAGGGAUUCUCAGCAGCAACCGAGCAUCCACAUGGAAGUUUUGGCCACAUUGGAGGGAAGUUUUGCCCAGUGAGCUUUAUGACUGAGUGAUGAUUUGAAGCCAAGUCUCCAAGUCUGGCACUUUAGCCACUCUGCCAGAAUGGUUCUUGUACAGGUUGACACACUGCAAGGGGUAGUAUAUGUAUGGUUUCUGCUUCAGAGAUUAGUUCAUUCCUUCUGACUAUCACAUCAGAGGUGACUGAAAAGAAAUUUUGUGUGGGAAGAUUUAAAAUUAAGCGAAAGUGCAAUUAAUUAAAAUAUUAUAUUCUAAUUUCGAUCAAUUUUUGCACUAUAUACUAUAUGUGUGAAGCAAGGGCAUGGUCUAUACCCUCAUAGGGAAGUCAUUCGACUACAAGCAUGAGCAUAGGACUUCCUAAAGCCCUAGCCCCCUUUCCUCUUGCAUACCCAUCAUUAUUUUGAAAAGCAAUGAGAAAGCUGAUGCCACCUGUGACUGGCACAACUUCUGAAAUCUAAACUUGAUCAGCAUCUUUCAAGGUUGAUUGUACUUCAUCCUAUGCAUGAUUUUUUUUACAGUUUGCCCUUCUAAACCAAGGAAUCACAUAGUCUCCCUGAUGUAUGCCUAGUGAGACAGAAGUAGUCUCAAUAUACUUGAGGCUGUCUUCUUUUAAUAGCCCAAGUAGGGGACGGGACGGGACAUAUUUUGUAUCACAUAUCCUUCCUGCUACUGAAUCCAAAAUAGUAUGAAGAAUCAUUUGCUGCAGAGACAGUGAAAUCUUACUGAACACUUCAAGUUUACUUUUAAACCUCCAGUCAGUCUUCCAUAAAAUAAACUCUCAUCGCUUUUAAAACUAGAAUUGCUUGAGAACCAAGUCCAUGUUUUCUGCUGAGUUGCACAUAGUAAUAUAUACUACAGGAAGGCAUAUUUGGAAUAGCUGAAUGCCAUCUAGGAUAGGGCCUCUAUACCUUUAAAAGCUACAAGGAAGUCAGGAAUAUUUCAGACUAGCAACAAAGCCUGUUGUGGGGAAAAAUACAAUGGGCUCUAGAAAGAGAAGGGUGGACAGGCUGGCAUUCCCUCCUCCUUUUUCAUUGAUCCCAGUUGGAUGAAGGCAAUGUCAGGUCUGACUAUGUUUCUCAUGUGAUCUAACCAAAGAGACUCCAUUUUAAUCCUGUCAGUGUUUUAAGCUCUUCUUUUGCAGGUGACAAGCAGUCCAGUAACAGUUAUCUUCAAGAAGAGGAAUGUUAUGACUACAACCUUUCCAGCCUUGGGGAAGUUUCACUCUCUCAGCUUCAAGCCGUUUGUUUUGAGAACUAUGGGGGGAGGAUGGGACUUGCUAAGUUAUGCUAUUCUGUAUCUUAACCUUUGCCUGUCAUUCGUAACAAUACUCGUGUACCAGCCAAGAUAUUGCAUCUUGGUCAGUGGACUACAAUGGUUAUUUAUAUUCAGUAAAGUCUUUUGGAACCAAUGGACUCAUGUCUAAUUGCAAGAGAUAGGCUGGAUUGCAACUUUUAGGAAGCCACAGUCUGACAUUUUGUUACGAAUCACAUCUGUUCCAAUGCCUAAACCGGGGCAGACGGAUACCAAGGCCGCGUCCAACAGGGACUCUUUGUUUGAUCCUUAUACCUCCCCUGGUUUGGAAGGACUGGAACCUCCACGACCCGUUCAGGGAGGAACGGAGUCCAGACGUACUGCGCUGUAUACCCUCGCACCAGAUACUAGGCCCAGGGCAGCAGCAGAACCUCUGAUAUCCCUGCCUACGCCGAGGCAGUGGGGUUCGAGGCCGAGAGACACGGGGGAAAGGAGAGCGAGUGCAGUAUUUACUAAGUUGCAAAUGGAUGGGAAACGAAGUGUCUGAUCGAUAGCAGAACAUUCAAGUAGCCAACCGUGGUAUCACUGGAAUCAAGAAGCCGACCAAUUAGAGUGGGACCGAAGAGGUUCGGAAAGUACCCAGGUGUGGGAAACCUCCCGUCGCGAUGUGAUGAGUUGGGACUACACGGAAGUUACCCCGUGGACGGGGCAACGCGAGCUGACUGAACAAAGUUGGGUACAAUUACAGAGUCGAACUUUAGCGGUGGAUGCUGGGAUUUCAGCAGUAACUGGAUUAGCGAAAGGAAUUCUGGCGGGGAUAUCGGAAGAAGAACAAGGUAACGGGGCCCGGGGCAUGGGAGAAAUUCGACUGUGGCCUCGGGCGACGGCUUCCUAUGCAGAAUAUAUGGAAACUACCCAAGUUCCCAAUGAACCUCCUCAGGAGUAUUCGGAAGCGGUGGGUGCCAUGGCGGCCCCGGGACGUGUACAAAUGUUAGAGGAGAGACUUUGUAGUAUGGAGGAGAGCUUAGCACAUGCUGUUCACCUGCUCUCCGUACUCGUUGUUGGAGGAUCAGAAGAAGGUCCCUCACAGGGAGAGGGCACCAGCAGCCAAGUUGUUGGCCAAGGACUGGCGACCCUGCAGGCUAUUGUCCCGGGACCAUGUAACUUCCCGAGGGAGCAACCGCUCGUACUAAUAGACGAUCUGCAACAACUGGUGCAGCCACCGGAACAACCUCAGGAGCCAGCAGAUGAGAGACUGGAGGAAUUACCCCCUGAUGUGCCGGGAGGGCUUCCGGGAGGAGAGGAAGAGGCACCGCAAGAACAGCCACAAGAACAGCCGCUGGAGCUUCCGGUCCUCCCAGGAGAACCACCGCUACAGCUGCAGGAGGAGGCUCCGGUACUCCCGCCGCCACCGCCGCCUCAAGGGCCACCGCUUCUCCCAUGACUUCCAGCGC